AUGACUACGUCAACGACAACUGAAAUCGGAUGCAGCAUACAGUGUACGAAUGAAAAGAAUACGAGCGUUUUUACUUGUAAUGGAUGUUCGCAAGAAUUUUGUAUCGAACAACAACUGAAUAACCUUAUUCUUGAACAUGGUCAACUAAAAGAGUCAGAUGAAUCUUAUCACUAUCCGUCGACGAGAGUAAUUGAUGAGUGGGAACAUGAAUCUAUUGCAAAGAUUCAUCAAAUAGCUGAUGAUAUUCGAAGGGAACUAAAGUCUAACUCUGAAAAACAUAAAAAUCAGUUUUCGAAACAAUGGGAAGAACUAUCAGAAGAAUUUAAAAAAAUUCAUAAUAGCAAUGUUUGUUUGGAAAUCGAUUUCCGACAAUUAUCAAACAAACUUAACAAACUCAAAUCAUAUCUUGCAGCACCGCCGACGAUUCGUUUUCGAAAUAAUAUAUUAAUUUCUAAACCUAAUAUUUGUACAAUGCCAGAUGAUAUUUUUGAAAUGUUUGCCGGUGAUCUGGAAAUCAAAGACAACGGUCAAGUUGUUGAGCAUGGUUCAACAAUUGGCCAUGCAGUUGUACGAGGAAGUGGCGAAUAUAGUUCAGGUAAACAUAGAUUUCAAUUCAAAAUUGAAUCUUACAAUAUGAAUAAAUGGAUAUUCUUCGGUAUUAUUUCACAUAAAGUAACAAUGCGGUCAAAUACAUGGGCAAUACCAUCGUGUUAUGGAUGGGGAGGACAAGAUUCUACUAUUCUCAAUCUUGCAAUGCAUGCAGGUCUCAAUGGUUAUUCUUGUGAUUUUGAAUUAAAUGAUACUAUUGAAUUAAUACUUGAUUGUGAUCAUCAACUAAUUCGUCUGACAAAUCUACGUACAAAACGUACACACAUGAUGAAUAUUAAUCUUCUUAAAUGUCCUUUUCCAUGGCAUUUUCUUCUCAAUAUAUUCUAUCCUAACGAUCAAGUGCGUAUUCUAUAUACAGACAGUCAAGAAAUUUGA